AAACCCGAAUAGAAAAAAGAGGAACAAACCAAUUUCCCGGGUACUAAAACCCCAGUUCUUCUUCACCACACUCGUUUCACUGCGACCUUCUGCUCCUACUCAAAAAUCGAGAAUUCGAGAGUGAGAAGAACCCUAAAUUAGGCCAACAAUUUUCUCCCCAAAUUAACAAUUUUUCCGAGAUGAGUACCAUGAACUUUUGCGGCAAAUGCAACAAUAUCCUGUACAUAAAAGAGGACAGGGAUCUCAAGAUUCUCCUUUACUCUUGCCGCUAUUGCGAACAACAGGUGAUUGCUGAUAGCAGCUGUGUAUACAGAAAGGAGAUACAUCCCUAUGUUGGAGAGAGUACUCAGGCCUUACAAGAUGUAUCUAGAGAUUCAACUCUUCCCCGCACCAAGUCUGUUCGUUGCUCUCAAUGCAAUCAAGGAGAGGCUGUCUUUUACCAGAAAAAAUUGGAAGGAGUGGAAGGUAUGACAUUGUUCUUCAUCUGCUGCAAUCCAACCUGUAGUCAUGAAUGGAGGGAUUGAAUCUUGCUGACCAGAUGUUUUUGAUAUCAAUCAUACUAUGUAUAUUUGGAAACCAACAGCAGGACCAAGUUUGGUGGUUUCAUGAUUUAGCAAGAUGAAGUUGAAAUGUGGAUCUGUGUACCCAACAUAUUUCUUAACUAAUUGAUCUCAUUGCUUAACUAA